AUGAUGCUUUGUUCUGAAUUGCGCACCCAGAUACAGACGUGGCUUCGUGAUUAUGACAGGAUUCAAUUCCUUGCUGUGAUUCUCAUUUACAUUCAGAUUGGUUGUGCGUUGAUUGGAUCUCUGGGGGCAUUAUACAACGGUGUCUUGCUGACUAAUUUGGGGAUUGCGUUGUUCGCGCUCGUGGCAAUCGAGAGUAGCAGUCAGAGCUUGGGCCGGACCUACGCUGUUCUUCUCUUCUGCGCCAUUUUGCUCGACAUCUCGUGGUUCAUUCUCUUCACUCAUGAAAUCUGGUGCGUUUAA